UCCGUUCGGAAGUGUAGAUACGCGCAACGUCAGUUCAAACAGCGCCAGCACGUGCAAACGCGCGCAACGUGAGUGACCAGUGAUCGCAGUGUGCUAUGCGUCCAGAGUUAGGUUAGGAUAUGGUGGAAGAGGGCGCCGUACAGCCGCUCACCCGCAAUGGGGUGUCGCGGGGCCCUAGAAGAGACGACGUGCCCGCUGAUGGGGGCAGCAGGGCAUGGGCCGUCAUGCUCGGCUCGUUCUUCUGCAAUGGGAUACUCUUCGGGGUCAUCAACUCCUACGGAGUGUUGUACAAGGAAUUCGUUGACAAUCUUCAGAAGAACAACGUCACAAAUGCGUCUGGCAAAGCUGCUCUCGUGGGUUCAUUCGCGAUGGGCACCACCUUCUUCGUGUCGCCGGUCUCCGGCGUAUUGACUGACUGGAUAGGAAUCCGACAGACCACCUUCCUGGGAGGCGCGUUUGCAUCCGCAGGCAUGCUGCUGAGCAGCUUUUUCUCCGAUGACGUUGCCGCCCUAUGCGUCACCUACGGCGCUAUGUACGGCCUGGGCGGAGCGCUAGCAUACACACCGUCGUUGGCCGUACUCGGGCACUACUUUGGGCGGUACCUGGGCAUUGUGAAUGGGUUCGUCACGGCGGGCAGUUCAGCGUUCACGAUAGCGAUGCCUUACUUCAUGGACAUGCUGAUCAGGACCACUGGGAUAGUGUGGACUCUGCGUAUCCUGUCAGCCAUAUCCGGUCUGAUCAUGCUAUGUGCGUUCCUAUUCAAGCCAGUGCGUCUGACCACCAGUCCCACCAAGCGUCCAACGCUGCGUGACGCUUUCAACGUGGAUGUCAUCACCAACUCUAGAUAUGUGGUUUGGACACUAGGCAUAGCCAUCUCACUUUUCGGGUAUUUCGUGCCAUACGUAUACAUGCUGAAGUUCGUCGAAGCCAACUUUGCUGAAGGUAGUGACACAAAGCUCCCCAUUUUAUGUAUCGGCGUAACGUCGGGUCUUGGAAGACUCGUGUUUGGAUACAUAGCAGAUUUGAAGGGCGUCAACAGAAUAUACCUUCAGCAACUUAGUUUUUUUAGCAUAGGAAUACUUACAAUCCUACUGCCAUUUUCUGCAGGAUAUUAUGGCUGGCUAGUUGUUAUUACCCUGGGUAUGGGUAUAUUUGACGGAUGUUUUAUUUCUUUACUAGGGCCGAUAGCGUUCGACCUGUGCGGACGACAAGGAGCGACUCAAGCUAUCGGGAUGCUACUGGGCAUCUGUUCCAUCCCUCUCACCAUUGGUCCAUACAUCGCGGGAGUACUAUUGGAUGCUAGAGGCGGAGACUACCAGUUGCCCCUCCUACUCGCCGGUAUACCGCCUUUGGUGGGAGCGGCUGCCAUGUUCACUAUUAAGUGCGUUUCGAUAGAUAAAAAGGUCACAGUUCAAAACGGUAAUUUAACCUAUACCAAAGCAAGCAAUAACUUCAAUAACGUCAGGCAAGACGACGAUAAAGGUAGGUUAAUAGAAAAUUCAGAUAAAUCUAUAGACUGUAAUAACGGUCAGAGGUCAUAUAAUUAUUCAAUACUCUGAAACAUUAUGGUCGUUAGUAUGUAAUAAAGCGACAUUAUACUUUGCGCCAAUAGCCAUUGAAAAUUUUAUUAUUUGACUAAACUCCGGCUGUGAGUUUGGAAUAGCUUUCUGUUGUGAUAUGUUACGAACGCAAGCACUUAAAAAUAUCGUACCUGUUGAAGCUCAAAAUAUUGCUGUUUCAUUAUAUAUUUUAUAACUUUACAAUAAAAGUUUAAGUAAAUCUCAA